AUGCUCGCUGAUCGAACUACACGCAUCUACUCAUCGCACCCUUGGGAAGCCAGUCAAUGUGUCAAAUUUACUUAUCACCCACUUCUGACUAGUCGUGUACCUCGUACCGCUAAUGGAAAAAAGGCUCGAAGUGCUCGAGCAAAAGCUGCUGCUUCUGCUACGAUUGCAAAGAAGGCUGGAACUGUCAAGUUGGAGGAUGGCGGAGAUCACGACGAAUCAAAUAGUCAAACGGACUCAGAUCAUAAUAACAACAGCAACCAAGCAACAACACCGACUCCUACUACGCCCUCUGGAAGUAACUCUGCAGAUACAAGUAAUCGGCCCUUGCAUUCGUCGCCCAUACAACCACAUCGUAUCGAACCUGAACAAGGAACUGAUAUUUUAACUUCCGGACAAGUUGGCGACAAACCACAAUCACCAAUGUUGCCCUUCCAUAUACCAGCUCAUCUUCUGCCUCAAGCCAUGCAGAUGCUACAACAGACCUCUCUGAUAUUCUCACAGGCAUUGCCAAACUUUGCAUCAAUGCCUGUCUCGUUACCAUACCCAGACAGCAUGCUAUAUCCACCGAAUAGACCGCCACUACUAGAUUCACCACCACCCGUACGAGCGCCACUUAUAUUUAAUGUCAAACCACCAGAAGAAGUAGUAAAUUCCUCAUUACGUGGCAUUGGAAUAGAUACCGUCGCCCGACGGGUACACGGAUUCUUGGACAAUUACUCUCGUAUACACGUAUUCCAUUGGGGCUGGGGUAAUGAUGUAUCAGAUGUGAGCCCAAAUGAAGAUACUCUAGCUGCAGAACAGCGUAAAAAUCCAACAAUGACAUCAACUCCUGUUGAUACUGGUCUACUAACCGAUAUAAUGGAUGAUGAUAUCAUUGAUCCAACACUCACAUUCACGGAUUUUGGAGAACGUAUUAUACCAAUCGAUGCUUUAGACUCUCUCAUAGAUACCUUCUUUGAACAUAUACAUCCACAGCUGCCCUGUGCUUUUGUGCACGAACCUACUUUUAGAGCCAAUGUGCUUAAGCAAAGACCAUUAUUAUUGAACGCAAUGUAUGCUGUAGCUGCUAGAUUCUCAAAGCAUCCUGCUUUACGGAUGGCUACUGGGUCAGAAAAUCAAGCUGGUGAAGUUUUUUAUCAAAGAGCAAAGACUAUGGUUGCUAUGAAUGUAGAUGCCCCUAAUUUGGAUUCGGUUUGUUCAUUGAUACUGCUGGCCGUAUAUGCUAUAGGGACUGGCCCUGAUCCGUCUGGAUCGGUCUCUGGUGCUUGGAUGUAUUCUGGAAUGGCUAUGCGGAUGGCCAUGUUUCUCGACUUGAAUAUCGAUCCAGACUCGGAUGAAGCUAAGGAACGUAAUGCUCAACUUCCAUGGCUGCUCAAGGAAAGGCGAAGGCGUGUAUGGUGGGCUUGUUACAUAUUCGACCGUUAUGCAGCAUGGGGUGCUGAUCGACCCACUCUUGUCGACGAACGGUUAUGUGCCGGAGUACACUUGCCAGCUCCCGAAGGUCUUUGGCUUGCCGCAUCUCCAUCUGAUCUUUUACCACCUUCCAUUAAUGGCACUCAUCCUCAGCCAACCAGCAAACAGCAACAGCAGAAAUCCGAUACGACGCGUCCUAUUAACAAAAUUAGAACGGUAUCUACCUUCCAUGCUUUAACACCAGACAUGGACUCGUUAUUUGCUCGCCAUGUAUUAUUGAUGCGUAUAGUACCCAAAGUACUGAAAUUUGUACAGACAUUCAAGAAUCCUCAGCCACGUCAUAUGGGUAGUAUGGCUGAUGUUGAAGAAGAGGAUUUGGAAUUGCUGACUCUAGAUGCUAGUUUGCGGACAUGGUAUGAAGCAUUGCCUAGAUGGAUGAGAGAUCCUGGAGUGUCAUUUGGUCAGAAUUUGGAUAGCUCAAAUCCUCCAGCAUGGCAUCUAGCAUUUCUCCUCAUGCUUCACUCUGCCUCAAUUAUAUUAUUAUAUCAACCUCGUAUGAUGUUAGACCUGCAAUCUCCGCCGCGAGGUGGACCAGCAGCCUCACCAGCCUUCCAAACAUGUGAAACAGCAGCCAUACGAGCAUUCGCCAUGAUAACAGCCGUAUCAGCAUCCAAUCCCGACUGGAAGUAUCUAUCAGCAUGGACGCCCUUCCUCUUGUAUCAUAUCGGCCUUAUAAAUGUCAUUGCUGCUCGAGUACAUCCAGAUGAGUCACGGUCUACCAUGGCACGAUAUAGGUUGCGAUUGCAUGUAAAGGCUCUUAAGAGGGUUGGAAGGUAUUGGGCUUUUGGAAGGCGGAUGGGGUUGUCGUUAGAACGUAUGCUGGUUAGUGUCGAGCCUACUAGUGCUGAGGCUGAUGCUGGCACAAAUAAUACAGGUGGUGCUGCUGCUGCUACUAGUACUGCGAGUGCUGCGGCUACUAGUGAUGAACCUACAGCUGGUAUAGUACCGACUCAUGACACUCAUGACACAGCAGUCAAGGAUGUAGAAAUGCAGGCUCCACCUGCGACGCAGUCAAAUGAAUAUAGAGAGGUUUGA